ACAAUAUUAACCAACCCAAAACAUAUAAAAAAGAGUUAUAUUUAUGAUAUUUUCAAACCUUGGCUCGGAACUAGUCUCCUCAUUAGUGAAGGUGCCAAGUGGCAUUCACAGCGAAAGAUAUUAACUCCUACAUUUCAUUUUAAUAUACUGCAACGAUUUGUAGAGAUUUUGGAGAAAGAAAGCAAAAAUAUGAUAAAGUCCUUGAAAAAUGCAGAAAGCACAGUUCGAAAGAUAUUAACUCCUACAUUUCAUUUUAAUAUACUGCAACGAUUUGUAGAGAUUUUGGAGAAAGAAAGCAAAAAUAUGAUAAAGUCCUUGAAAAAUGCAGAAAGCACAGUUGUAAAAGAUUUAUCAUUUAUUAGUGAAUACACGCUGAAUGCAAUAUGUGAAUCUGCUAUGGGCACUUCUCUAAAAGAGCUUGGUGAGUUCCAGCAACAGUAUCGAAAAGCAAUUCAUCGAAUGAGCGAGCUUAUUGUUUAUAGAACAGCAAGACAAUGGCUGCACUUUGAUUGGAUAUUCUCAUUGACGCCAAAAGGUAGAGAGCAAGCGAAGAUUCUAAAAAUAUUGCAUGGAUUUACUGAACAAAUUAUUGCCGAAAGAAAACUUUAUCAUGAACGAACUAAUGGUCAAUAUUUGAAAAACUUUGAUAAUGAUACAUCAGUAGAAGGAGAUGACGCAAAAUUGAUUGGAACGCGAAGGAAGGGGCUUGCAAUGUUAGAUCUUCUCAUAGCGGCAUCUCGUGAAGGUCUCAUGACUGAUUUAGAGAUUAGACAGGAAGUUGACACUGUUAUGUUCGGGGGCCACGAUACUACAGCAUCAAGUUUAAGCUUCAUUUUGGCAUUAUUAGCUGAACACAAGGACAUUCAGGAUCGUGUCAGAACCGAAGUCGAUAUUGCUAUGCAAGAGAAUAAAAAUCAAUUAACUAUGAAAUUUUUGCAUGAACUAACAUAUUUAGAAAGAUGCAUAAAAGAAGCUUUGCGCUUGCAUAGUGUCAUAUUUUUUAUAUCACGCGUAUGUGGAGAAGACGUAAAAUUACAAUCAUAUGUAAUACCUGCUAACACCGUCCUGAAUAUUGAUAUUAACGGAGUCCACACAGAUCCCAAUUAUUGGCCAAAUCCAGAGGUAUUUGAUCCGGAUAGAUUUUUACCCGAAAGGACCCAAAAUCGUCACCCUUACUCAUAUAUACCAUUCAGUGCUGGGCCACGUAAUUGUAUCGGCCAACGAUAUGCUAUGCUGCAAAUGAAAAUGAUAGUAUCUUCUUUGAUACAUAAUUUCUACUUGGAACCCGUCGAUUACAUAAAGGAUGUUCGAUUCCAGGCUGAUAUCGUAAUUCGUCCUCAUCCACUUCGUCUACGAUUUGUUCCUGUUUUGCAAAAUUAAUACAAACAAAAAUAGAAACAAA